GUUGAACCAGCCCAGUGACUAGCGAAUAUACUAAAUAAUUUGAGAACGAGCAGGAAACCAGUCUGACAGUGAAAGCUCAAACUCAUCGGCUGGUACUUUGUAUGCGAAACCAUAGCAGAUCUUUGAGGCCAGCGAGGAGCGGCUAGGAUGGGCGGGGAGAGCGACAACACGCCACAGCAGGGAAGCAAAGCGGACAGAUAGUGUCAAGUCUCGUUCUGGAAGUGAGUUUCAGAAAACUUGUUAGAGUUCAUGUCACCGUACACAAUUCGUGACGAUACAUGAGAGAAACAAAACGAAAUGACAGCUGAGUGUUUGUUCUCGGAUUCUAAAUUUAAGCGACAUCACAUGGUGCCCACAGCUUCCUUCUCCUCAGACCGUCGCCAUCGGUGACGUGUGCAGACAGCCCUGGUGACGUGGCCUUCAGUGGUGGUGACAUCAUGUCCGUUGUCGUGGAACCCGGAGAGGAGGUCCUGAGCUGGCUGGAAGGCCUCCGCCUGUCGCAGUACGCUGGCUGCUUCCUGGAGGCGGGUUGCCUCCGGCUCGAGGACUGCGUCGGGCUGACCGACGAGAGGCUCCUGGAGGUCGGGGUGUUCCCCACGGGUCACCGCCGAAGGAUCCUGCGCAGCUUGGAGUCAUUGGGGGCGACGGGCUCCCCGGAGACAGGGGCGCGGAGGGUUAAACCCAUCCCCAAACCGAGGCGCGUCUUCCUGAAGGACAGGAAGCGAGCCACGAUCGGCCAGCACCAGCCAGCACGGACGGAGGUGGAGCCUCAGCCGGAGAGUCAGGCACUGACACUGCCGCCAGGGGUGGGGAUAGGGGCGGGGCUGGAGGAGGAGGAGUUUGGGCUGGAGUCCGGGGAGGCCCCAAAAGAUCCGUUGGUCGCCCAAGAUUGCCCUGAGGUAACGCAGGCAUCCAGCUUCAGCAGCUCGGACUCACUGAAUGCCUCCUCCCCUUCUGAACAAGCCUCAGACAGGGAGACUUCCCCCGAAGGCCCCGCCCCUUCCAUCCCACCGGGAUUCCAGGGGACUAUGGUGCUCAAUGAAAUCUACGAUGAGGGCUGGAGCACCAAUGGCACACCCUGCCCCAAUCCCAAACCCCGCCCCACUCGUUCCUACAAACUGAGACACCGACCAGUGCCGGAGAUUCCCAGCCACACUGUACUGCCCCCUGCAGACAGGACCCUGCAAAAGCACGGCGACCCUCAUGCACAGCCGCGCACCAGCACCGAGAGCCCCACCGGUUUAAACACUAGGCAAAAAGCUCCACUGGUAAGAACUCUAUCUCCCAUCUGUCCUUAUGGGGAAACGUUUCUGUAUAACAACCCAGAAAGCAUAUUGGAUUUUGGCACAAAGGAACUGCUUAAGAAUAAAAUCUCCGACAAGAUACAGCACAAGAAAUUACGGAAGAAGCACAAAACGAGGGGUUCGGGGAACGGGGCCGCGCGCCGCGCGGAGGCCCCGAGCGCGGGAGCGCAGGAUCUCCCGGAGGACGAGUACUCCACCGUGGAGGAGUGCAACAGCGCUCUGAAAAGAAUGAGGGAGGAGUGGAAGAAUGCAGCCGCUUCGCCGGCCCCCGGCCCGGGCCCGGGACCCGAGUCUUUCAGCGAGCCCUACUCCCUGGUGCAGCACGCCCAGCCCGCCCCGGCCGACGCUCACUCCAUCUCUCCGUACGCCUGCUUCUACGACUACUCCAAGGCCGUCCUGAAGGAGGGCUGGCUGGAUAAGCUGUCGCCUCAGGGAAACUGCGUUUAUCAGAAGAGAUGGGUAAAAUUAGAAGGAGAAAAUCUCUCCUACUACAAUAACGAUAAGGAAAUGUACUCCAAAGGACUCGUUCCCAUCUCGUUGGUGACCAGGGUUCGAGGCUUGGGGGACAACAAGUUUGAAGUCGUGACAUCCCAGAGGACCUUUGUUUUUCGGGUUGAAAAGGAAGGAGACAAGUGCGACUGGAUCAAUGCUCUUCAAAUAGCGAUGAGAACGCAGUCCCCCGUCUCCCAGAAGCCCUCCAAAAGCAGCGCAAACAUGUGUGGCUACGUGGAGCUGCGCGGGUGUAAAGGAAGAGUCUUCGCCUCCCUGAUGGGCUCUAAACUUAGACUCUGUAAAACAGAGCAGGAUUUUAAAUCUGGGCUGGCGAUUACCGUGGUGGACUUGACGUCCGCUCAUGUCAGGGACGUGGAGCGCAGGGGGUUCGAGAUAACCACUCCUUUCAAGAACUUCUGCUUCACAGCGGAAUCGGAAAGGGAGAAGGGGGAGUGGAUUGAAGCGGCCCAGGAAUCGAUAGCCGAAACCCUCUCAGAUUAUGAAGUGGCCGAGAAGAUCUGGUUCAACGGGUCCAACAGGAGCUGCGCGGACUGCCUCUCCCCUCAGCCGGAGUGGGCCUCCAUCAAUCUCGGGGUCGUCAUCUGUAAGAAGUGCGCAGGUCAGCACCGAUUUUUGGGGUCCAGCAUUUCACAAGUUAGGAGCCUCAAGUUGGACAGCAGCAUCUGGAGUAAUGAACUUGUAGAGCUGUACCUGCAUGUGGGCAAUAAAAAAGCCAACAGCUUCUGGGCUGCCAGGCUUACGCCAGAGGACGCGCUGCACCCGGAAGCAUUGCCUGAGCAGAGAGCCAUCCUCCUCCGCAAGAAGUACAAGGACAGGAUAUAUGCGAAGACAUUGGCUGGCUUCACGAGUCAAGAGCAGCUGAACGAGGCUCUCUGUGCGGCGGUGGUCCAGUCGGACGUGCUGGAGACCAUGUCCUUGGUGUUCAGCGGGGCGGAUGUGAUGUGCGCCACGGGGGACCCCACCUACUGCACCCCCUACCUGCUGGCCCAGAGAGCCGGCCAGCGGCUGCAGAUGGAGUUCCUCUACCACAACAAGCUCUCGGACUUCCCCAAACUGGACCCUGUGUAUGAGAAGAGGUUCCCUCGAGACGCGUCCGUGUUUCUGCACGGGUUCCUGUACAAGUCCGUCGCUUCCGCCAAGUCAGCUAUAGAGAGGCGGGGCCGAGAGGAGAUGUCGAGGGUGUGGUGCACUUUAGAGGGAGGUUUCCUGAGCUACUACGAGAGCGAGAAGACGGCCGCAGCCAUGGGCAGGGUGGACGUCAGCGAGGUGGUCUCCAUGGCCGUGAACAGAGAGGAGACCAUGACCGGAAGCGGGGCUGUCUUUACCUUUGAGACUUAUCUUCUGUCGGAGCGCAACUUCCUGUUUGGGACAGAAACACAGGAGGCUCACAGAGAUUGGGCACACGCAAUCGCCAAGUGCUUCAUUCCUCCUGCUGUAGUGCACAUGUUGAGCCGAGAUUAUGAUUUGAUCGGACGGUUGUACUAUAAGGAAGGUCAUGACCUGUACCACUGGAGGUUGGGCUGGUUCCUUCUGGAAAACUGCAGUUUGUUCUUCAGCUCUGGAGACGAGGGUGAAGAGGAGGGAGAACUGCAGCUGAAACGCUUACAGGAGCUGACGGUUUCGACACACACUGAAGGUGAAGAGAGGAUGGAGGUCCUGCUGAUGGUGGAGAGUGGAAGGACAGUGUACAUCCAUGGCUACACUAGGUUGGACUUUGCCUUGUGGCACACGGCCAUCCAGCAGGCAGCCGGCACUGACGGCAGAGCUCUGGGAAGCCAGCAGCUCAGCAGAAACAACAUCCCCAUGGUGGUGGACAGCUGCAUCGCUUUCGCCACCCAGUACGGCCUGUGCCAGGAAGGGGUUUAUCAGAAGAGCGGUGACCCGGGGCGUGUGUCUCAGCUGCUGGAAAGCUUCAGGACAGACGCGCGGAGUGUGAAGCUGAGGGUCGGGGAGCACCAGCUGGAGGACGUCACCGACGUGCUCAAGAGGUUUUUAUCCGGGACAGAAGAUGCCUUGCUCACUAAGGAGCUCUACCCAUACUGGGUGUCAGUGUUAGACCUGGACGAUGUAAAGCACAGAGUGGAGAAGUACAGGACAUUGAUCCAGAGUUUGCCCCAUAUCAACAGGACCACCCUGGCUGCUCUACUGCAGCACCUGUACAGGGUCCAGAAAUGCUCACAGAUAAACCAGAUGCAGACUGGCCGCCUGGCCUCCGUCUUCUCCUCCUGCCUGUUCCAGACUGAGGGCCAGACCAAAGAGGAAAUCCGUGUAGUAGAGGAUCUGAUCAACAAUUACGUGGAUCUGUUUGAUGUUCACGAAGACCAAGUCAAGCAAAUGGAAAUGGAGAACGGUUUUAUCACCAAAUGGAAAGACACGAUGUUUUCGCCUGCUGGGGACCUGAUAUUUGAGGCGUACCUGGAGAGGAAAGAGCCAGAGAGCUGCUGCAUAAUCAAGGUGUCGCCCACCAUGCGGGCAGACGAGCUAGCCGACAUCGUGCUGGAGAUGCGGAACGUCACAGCGGAUAGAGCUGACCUGUGGACCACGUUCGAGGUCAUCGAGAACGGCGAUCUGGAACGUCCAUUACACUACAAAGAGAAGGUUCUAGAACAGGUCCUUGAAUGGGGGAGUUUGGAAGACCCGAGUUCUGCCUUUUUGUUGAUAAAGAAAUUCUGUGGAGCCAAGGUGGCUGACUUCCAUCAAGGUUGCACUAAGGAGAUUACUAAAGGGGAUCAUCUUAAAUUCAAGGACGGGUCCUCCAAACUGCUCUCUGGGCACAAGUUCCAGGACAGGUACGCCAUUCUUCGAGACGGAAAGCUCUGCAUCUACAAGGACAUGAAGAGCUCUAAGGCCGAGAGAGAAGUGCCGGUGAGCUCCGUCAAGUGCUACCUGGGGCUGAAGAGAAGGCUCAAGCCGACCACCAGCUGGGGGUUUACAGUUUACAUGGAAAAACAGCAAUGGUAUCUGUCCUGUGAGACGAAGGAGGCCCAGACCUCAUGGGUAACUGACAUUCUGAGGGCCAAGUUUGGAGAAGACCUCUGGCCUAGCCAGACAGGAGCCCGGCCGCCUGCAGUUCAGAAAAUCACCAGAGGGGGCACACCAACACCAGCACAGAACAAUGCCCCGACUGCAAAACCAAAAAAGAUUAAAGAGAGGCAGCUUGAGUCAGAAAUCUCCAGAAGCGGUGGUGGCAGGGAGCGGCGUGAGCAGAAUGCAGACGGCUCGGUCCAGCACAAGACGGCCUUGCUGAACGCGUGCCUGAAGCAGAGAGAGGCGUCUCCCCACCCCUCCUCAUCCUCCUCCUCCUCCUCUUCCUCCUCCUCGUCGUCCUCCUCGUCGGGCGAGAAGCGGAGGAGUGGGGCCCCGCCCGGGCUCGCGAAAGGGCCCGCGAAAGGGCCCGCGAAAGGGCCCGCGAACGGACAGCAGGCCCCGCAGAGGAAGUCCCCCGCGUUGGGGCGGGAGGUGCAGUUGCCCCCCGGGCUGCUGCACGAGCUCAGCACCGUGCUCAGUAAGACAGGGCGGAGGCCCAGAGAGGAGAAUGACUGAGAGAGGGAGGUAGAGAAAGAGAGAUGUGGAGUGAGAGAAAGAGAUAGGAGGGAGAGAGAGAGAGAUAGGGGAGAGAGAAAGGCAGAUAGAGAGAG